UAUCAAUUUUGCCGUCGCCUUGUCGGAACGCCCGCCACACCUCACGUCCAAACAUCGGACGAAAACGGUUCUAUGAACGUUGACGAUCGUUGAGCGAAAAAUCUUUUGGCAUCGUCUUCCGAACUGACUUAUUGCCGACGUCCGCGUGUGGGUGUUUAAUCAAACGCCGCUAGUAGCUAUCACUUACGGACGACUGCCGAGGCGAUCGGCGUCAUCUCCGGACCGGACGCCAGCACGCGCGCACGCACGCACUUCUGCACUAGAUAGAAUACGGUCUGAAACGGCCGAGAUUUUGAUAACCGCUCGAAAUGCUCGAAUGAAAUACCGUCGUUGCUUAUUGUAAAACAAACUAUUAAGUUUGUGCAUCGGACGGACUAAAUCUCAUCGGCGUUUUUCGUUCUCUCUUCAAAGGACAAGAACGCUCUCAUUGCCGCAAUGGACAGUCGCGGCCGGAAAGUCAUCGUCUGCGAUAACGGGACUGGGUUUGUGAAAUGCGGGUAUGCCGGCACUAAUUUCCCUGCUCACAUAUUUCCAUCAAUGGUUGGUCGACCGAUCAUUCGUGCACACAACAAAAUUGGUGAUAUUGAAGUUAAAGAUUUGAUGAUUGGUGAUGAAGCUAGUCAGUUAAGAUCCAUGUUAGAUGUUACAUAUCCAAUGGAAAAUGGAAUUGUGAGGAAUUGGGACGAUAUGUGCCAUGUGUGGGAUUAUACUUUUGGACCAAAAAAGAUGAACAUUGAUCCAAAAGAAUGUAAAAUUAUGUUAACAGAACCUCCAAUGAAUCCAAUAAAAAAUAGAGAAAAAAUGAUAGAGGUGAUGUUUGAAAAGUAUGAAUUUAAUGCUGUUUAUGUAGCUGUUCAAGCUAUUCUAACAUUAUAUGCUCAAGGUUUACUUAGUGGAGUGGUUGUUGAUUCUGGUGAUGGUGUUACUCAUAUAUGCCCUGUGUAUGAAGAAUAUGUUUUACCACAUUUAACUCGAAGACUAGAUAUUGCUGGUCGCGAUGUCACCCGUUAUUUAAUAAAGUUAUUACUAUUAAGAGGAUACGCUUUCAAUCAUUCAGCUGAUUUUGAAACUGUGAGAAUGAUGAAAGAAAAGUUAUGUUAUGUUGCAUACAACAUUGAGACUGAACAAAAAUUAGCUUUGGAAACUACUGUUCUUGUACAGUCAUACACAUUACCAGAUGGCCGUGUUAUCAAAGUUGGAGGUGAAAGGUUUGAAGCACCUGAAGUAUUAUUCCAGCCGCAUUUAAUAAAUGUAGAAGGCCAAGGUAUUGCAGAAUUAGUGUUUAAUACAAUCCAAACAGCUGAUAUUGAUAUGAGAACUGAACUAUACAAACAUAUUGUGCUCUCUGGUGGUUCUACAAUGUAUCCUGGACUACCGUCAAGACUAGAACGUGAAAUUAAACAACUUUAUGUGGAACGAGUGUUGAAAAAUGAUACAACUACCUUAUCAAAACUUAAAAUUCGUAUCGAAGAUCCACCACUGCGUAAGGAUAUGGUGUUUAUUGGUGGAGCUGUAUUAGGUGAAGUAACCAAGGAUAGAGAAUCAUUUUGGUUAUCACGAGAAGAAUACCUAGAUAGAGGAAUAUCUAUUUUGGAUAAGCUUGGGCCAAGAGCUGGAUAAACAGUUAUCUCAAUAUAACUGAAUAUAAAAUAUAAGCAAUACAUUUUUUUUUUUGACAAAGCCCAUAUUUAUUACCUAUAAAAACAAUAAACAAUGCGCUCAUAAAAUUGAACAUUAACUCGAAAUUGAUACGCUUUAUAAAAAUUAUAAUUAUAUUGAUGAUCUAAUUCAUAGAUUUAUAGAUAAAAUUAAUCAAGCUGAAAAUCUAUCUUAUAAAAUAUCUACUUCCAAUUACUUUGCCUUAUUUAUUAAGUGAGGUAUAAAUAAUAUAAGAAUUUUUAUUCUUUUAUUUAGAUGAGUUAUUUUGUUUUUUUAUGAGCGCAUUAUAUUAUAUUAUUGUUAUAUUGUUUAUAUUUUUUAAUUAAUAUUAUUUUUACAUACCAGAAAAGCCACUAUGUUUAAGUUAAAUGUUAACAGGAAUAGAAUUUCUAUUUAUACUAAUUUAUACUGUAUAAUUCAAUACAAUUUGAACACCAAAUGCCAAUUUACAUUUUUUUCUACAAUACAUGUUAUUUAUUAGCUUUUUUUAAAAUAACAUUUUUUUAUAUUUUACCUUUCAAUUAAUAUAUUAUGUCAACUAUUAUAUCAUUUCAUUUUAUUAUGUUAUUUCUUAAAAAUAUUUAUAUUUUUUAACUAGGAAAAUAUAAUAUGAGCGUUAGUGGGUUUGAAUUGUUAUAGUUAAAAUUUACAAUUAAAUUAAUUUAAAAGUAAAAAAAAAAAACAUAAACAAAUGUUUACAAAGCUGUAGUUGAAAAUUGUAAAAAGUAAUUUGACAAUGAAUUAAUGUCUUGAGUACAUUAUGCCUAAAAUAUUGUAUUUUAAUGUAGUAGGGUUUGGUACAUUUAUAAUUUCCAUAACAUGUAACAAUAAAAUAACGUCAACUUGAAGCUAGAACAAUCAAAUUGAA